UGUUUGCGCGUGCGCGUUGCAAAUGAUACGCAUGCGCAAACAGAUCGUGACGACCAAAAUGGCGGCCGGAGAGGCUGUCACUUUUCGGAGAAGUUUAAAUCUAUUAUCUUAAAAGCAAACAUAGCUAUACAUUCAUCAAAGAUUUAUUUUGUUAAUAAAGCCCAACAAGCGAGAGUUGAGUUUGGAGCGAUGGAGUGGGAUCCGGAGUGAAGAUUGAAGACUGGAUAGAAGACGGACGACUACUGCUAUAUAUGCUAACAAGAUGGCUAAAAGAGAAUCACCAACGGAGAAAAAGAUGAAAAUUGCAGAUAAAGACGUCCAGCAGCUGACUGGUCAUCCAGAAGAACUUCUCCCCCAGUCACCGCAGAGGAUCUCCACUUUAAUGCAGGAGGAUCCACAGCCCCCCUACAUUAAAGAGGAAGAGGAGGAACUCUGGAUCACUCCGGAGGGAGAGUGUCUUCUAGGACCACAGGAAGCUGGUCUCACCAAGUUGCCACUGACUGUCGUCUCUGUGAAGACUGAAGACGAUGAAGAGAAACCACAACCAGACAAACUCUCAGCUCCACUAUCAGAUAGUGAGGAUGAGGAUGAAGUUCAAGAACCUUUGAGCAUCGAUACAGACUGUGAAGAUGUCCAGCAGCUGAUUGGUCAUCCAGAAGAACUUCUCUCUCAGUCGCCGGGGUGGAUCUCUGCUCUGAAGCAGGAGGCUUCACAGCCCCCCAACUUUAAUGAGGGAAAGGAGGAUCUUCGGAUCACUCAGGAGGGAGGUGAUCUCGUCACGUUGCCACUGACUGUUGUUUCUGAGAAGACUGAAAAUGAUGAAGAGAAACCACAACCAGACAACCUCUUAGCGCCACUAUCAGAUAGUGAGGCUGAAGACGAAGUUGAAGAACCUUUGAGCAGCGAUAUAGACUGUGAAGGUGAUAUGAGGACUCACACUGACAACAAACACUCUAAAUGCGCUAAAAAGAACAGAGAUAAAACACGUUUGAGGUGCUCAGUUUGUGCAAAAAGCUUUUCUAAAAAGAGCCAUUUGACUGAACACAUGAGAACACAUACCGGAGAAAAGCCAUUUAAUUGCUCAGUUUGCAAUAAAAGCUGUUCUCUAAAGGGCAAUUUGACUCAACACAUGAGAAUGCACACAGGAGAAAGACCAUUCAAUUGUUCAGUUUGUGGGAAAAGCUUUCCUCUAAAGACCCAUUUGACUCAACACAUGAGAACGCACACAGGAGAGAAACCGUUCACGUGUUCAGUCUGUGGUAAACUUUUUACUUUAAAGGGCAGUUUGACCCAACACAUGAGAAAGCACACUGGAGAAAAUCCAUUUAAUUGUUCAGUUUGUGGUAAAAACUUUUCUGUAAAAGGCAGUUUUACUCAACACAUGAGAACGCACACUGGAGAAAAACCAUUUGAUUGUUCUAUGUGCAGUAAAAGCUUCUAUACGCGACGAGGUUUGACUCUACACAUCAUGAAACACACCGGACAAAAUCCAUUUAGUUGUACAUUUUGUGGUACGAGCUUUUCUCAAAAGAGCCAAAUGACGCAGCACAUAAGAACGCACACCGGAGAAAAACCAUUUAAUUGUGUAGUUUGUGAUAAAAGCUUUUCUCAAAAGGGCAGUUUGACCAAACACAGCAGACUACACACAGAAGUAAAACCUUUUUGUUGCUCAGUUUGCGGGAAAAGCUUUUUUACCAAACAAGGUUUGACUAGACACAAAAGAACGCACACAGGAGAAAAACAAUUCAAAUGUUCAGUCUGUGCUACGAGCUACAGUCGACAGAGUCAUUUGUCUUAUCACAUGAGAACACACAGCAGUAACAACAUAUAGUCAUUCAGUAUGUGGUCAAAUAUUCCCUCUUAAUGCAAACAUCAGAAGACACAAAAGAACACAUCCUUCCAUUUUCUACCGCUUGUCCCUUACGGGCUCGCAGGGGGUGCUGGAGCCUAUCUCAGCUGCAUUCAGGCUGGAGAAAAAAAGUACAAGUUUGUGGCUAAGCUGUAUGUAUUUAAAUGUGGGUCCACAAAUGAAGCAUUAAUCCAUGAAAGACAUGUUGGACUUAUUCAUGCAUCAAUAAGUUACCUAUUUAGUGGAUGUAAACAAGUGCUCUAUGAUACUGUUUGCUUGUGUUGUCAGGCAACUGUCUUAUAACAUACUGUAUACAGGUAAAAGCCAGUAAAUUAGAAUAUUUUGAAAAACUUGAUUUAUUUCAGUAAUUG